AUGCCAACCAAGACAUCGCCCACACUAGCAUCUCAGCAGGGAGAUAAGACUUCGAGAGAGAUCUUGGUUCGUCUGGAGCGUCAAGAGAUGGUGAGCAUGGACGACGCCAAACAGCUACAUCGAUGCGGAGGGCUGGGGAUCGGUCUACAGGACGACCCAUCGGGGUUUCAUCGGCUCGUUCAUAUCGCUCCCGGGUCAGCAGCUUCGCUGUCCAAGAAGCUGUCGCCGGGUGACAUUGUGACUGCCAUCGACGGGCAGAGCACACAUGGCAAGAAGACAAGCGAGGUGGUGGAGAUGAUUCGGGGGCUGCCCGGGACUCCUGUGUUUGUAACGAUACACCGGACGCCGACGUCUCUCUUCGUGAACGGGGACUUCCCAUAUGAGUAUAUCGAGGAACAAGGGGCGAGAUCGGUGACUGUACAGAAGACCGAUCAUGAUGUGGAAGAGAAGUUUCUUGGUAUUGCUGCAUUCCUUGAUUGCGUUCGGGAAGUUGCACAAGUUGAUUCAGAGCUCGCCAACGAGGAGAACUCUGUCAGUAGCCCCGGAAAUCCUUCAAGGAACUCCUCUGCGGAAUUUUCGAUGUCUUCGUCAGGAAAUCAAGAAGAUUUUGAGAAACUGAUCGAGGCGGAGUACAUGCAAGAGUUGUUCCAGAAAGAAACCUCGCUGUCUGGCGGCUUCUGGAGCAAGGGGGAAACGAUUCCCUCAAUGUCGAGAACAAGACCGAUCCAGUCGAGGCCGAUGGACCUCAAUGAACUCGACAUCGAUCUUCAGAUCGAUACGGAAUCUCCGACCUCCGGCCUCCCGAAAGUGCAUGACGAUGCGGGGGCCUCAUACUCCACGCAAGCGUCGUCGCACUGCAGUCGAAGUACAAUGGCGUCCAUGGAUGAAAUCUUGAGUGCUGAACGGAACAAAGCUACCCAAAGGAUUGAUGAUGCCUUCCGGGAUUUACCGAAUUCUAGCCUGCCAGGCCCUGGACUGGGGACAAGUGUGGCCAAGUCUUCGUCACUCAUUCAAGGCAACGGAGACGACAUUCGCUGUCGGGAGUUUUCCUCCCUUCAAGGAGAACUCUUCAGUCGGGUCGAAGGCUCCGAUCCCGAAGCGUCUACCCUCGCCUCGCUCUCCAGGAUUGAUGAGCUGGACCUCUUUAAGAUCAAGUUCGAAGGGCUUCAAGUCUUCGGCGACGAUCGAAUGAUAGCCCCUAGCCCAGCCGCGCCCAGUGUCCGGGAGGUCCAUGGGCUCGCGGCCGACGGCCCAGCAGGUCAAAGGGAUCACGAGGAUCCUUUUAAUGACGAGGAGAACGACGAGAGUCAUGCUGAGCCCUUUGUACGAGCAGACAGGACUGAGCAGAGAUACUAUGCAGGGGCUGAUCAUGUGCGCGCGAACUCUGCACAGGAGGCCAGGGCAAGGCAGGAGGCCUCCACCCCCUCUACCCUCCUCGGCUUUCUCUGGCCGGAGAUUGAAGUUUCAAGGGGAGAGCGAGUCUUUCUCUACUGA